AGUUAUUAUAAGGUGUGAUCAAUGUCAACAAGAAACAGCUAAAGAAAAGUAUCCCUCGGUUUAUAGAAUCGUAGGAACUGGAUACGAUUUAGAGUGUUUCCUUCAAUGCUGUCAGGGACAAAGCUAGGUGAUGAACAGAAAAUCCUUACACGUGCCACUUCCUUUUCUUUUCACUUGGGUGCCUUGCAAAUAGGAAGACUGGUGGAAUCAGCAGUUUUUGAUUUCAUAUCUCUGCAGUAGCUGUUAACAUCUCACAUAAAGAUAUUCAAGACGAGUGACUAUAGUGCGUUUCGUGAUAAGUGCGUGGUGGUUAUGUGGAAACCCUGAUUUCAAACUGUUGUCACAGAAAAAGGCUGCAUUUUUUUCACGACUUGUAUCCUUCAUUUCCUCCUCUCGACUGGUAUGGCAGAAGCAGUGGGCAUUGUCAAGGAUUACGGAACUAAUAAGGGACAACUGGAAGCUGAUCUUCAUUCUCAAGGAGUAGCACCGAUAAAAGUCCAGUUUCUCACAACAAAAGAUCACUUUUUUGCAUCUCUUGAGAAAGAGAAUGGUGCAUGUAAGCAAAGUGCUAAUGAAGAUGUAGCUAAGGUCCUGCAGCAGGAAUCUGGUUAUGACAGAGCUGCACAAACCUCUUUGGAGGAACCUCAGGCAAAGAGGAUAAAGUUGGAUGAUGCACAGGAGAGAGCUGAAACAAUCCAACUGGAAAACGAUGAUGUUACUGGCAAAGCAAAGCAGAAGAAGAAGAAGGGACAGAAUAAAAAAAGACCUCACAUGAAGCCAUCUUAUUUUGACAAUAAUAAGCUCUGCCCAUCAGUAUCACAGGAAUCUGAAGAUAAAUGCUUUUUUGGAGACAAAUGUAAGUUUAUUCAUGACAUUCCAACGUAUCUGAUGCUCAAACCUGGUGAUCUGGGGGACCGAUGUUAUUUAUAUGAGACGUUUGGAAAGUGCAAAUAUGGAAUCACUUGCCGCUUUGCAAAAGCCCAUAUAGGAGAUGACUAUAAAAAUCUAGUCAAUGAAGAAGUUAUAAAGAAGUGGGAGGGGAAAGACCUAGUUAAAAAUACUGAGGGUAAAACUCUGCAGCGAUUUUUGCGAAAAAAGAAAUUUGUGUUUGAGAAGUCAGAGCAGUAUUUAAAACAUUUAAAACAACCGAAUAAAACAGUUUCAGGGAAAGAAGUGGCAGUGAUCAAUGACUUCAGCCAAGUGCAGAAAGAAAAUGUGACAUUGGAUACUGAGAACUCGCAGACAAAGGCUGGUACAAACCUAGAUGCCGAGCCUAGACAUUGUACAGCUGUAAGUCUGAAGCCAAAUGUUGAGGACCUCUGUAAGAAUGAUGAAGCAGGCCCUGAUAUUCAGACUACUUUCCAGAAGAAAACCCUGGGAGCUGUAACCGAUGAAGACAUCAUUAAAAUCCGAUCCUGUGAAAAGAAGAGGGUGGACUUUAGAGACAAGCUCUAUCUCGCACCACUAACGACUUGUGGAAAUCUUCCAUUUCGACGACUCUGUAAAUGUUUUGGAGCUGAUAUCACAUGUGGAGAAAUGGCUGUGUGCACGAAUUUGCUGCAGGGUCAGUCAUCUGAAUGGGCAUUGUUAAAGCGUUACCACACAGAAGAUAUCUUUGGUGUACAGAUAGAGGGUGCUUUUCCAGACACCAUGACCAAAUGUGCGGAGCUACUCAAUAAAACCAUUGAUGUGGACUUUGUAGAUAUUAAUGCAGGCUGCCCAAUUGAUUUAAUUUAUCAGAAGGGUGGCGGCUGUGGACUUAUGAAUCGUUUUAAUAAAUUUGAGCAAAUUGUCAGAGGCAUGAACUCUGUGCUUGAUGUUCCUUUGACAGUGAAGAUGAGAACAGGUGUUCAAGAGAAGGUCAACAUUGCCCACAAAGUCAUCCCUAAGUUUAAGGAUUGGGGUGUCUCUCUAGUAACUCUCCAUGGAAGAUCCAGAGAACAACGUUAUACAAAACAAGCAGAUUGGGAAUACAUAGAUUACUGCACCAAAAUCGCCAGCCCAAUGCCUUUGUUUGGAAAUGGAGACAUUUUGUCAUUUGAAGAUGCAAAUCGAGCCAAGCAGACUGGAGUUUCUGGUGUUAUGAUUGCAAGGGGUGCAUUGAUCAAACCUUGGAUUUUUACGGAAAUUAAAGAACAACGACAUUGGGACAUUUCUUCAGCAGAGAGAUUUGACAUUCUUAGAGAUUACACCAAUUAUGGCCUGGAACACUGGGGUGCCGACACACAAGGCGUUGAGAAGACUAGAAAAUUCAUGUUGGAAUGGCUUUCUUUUUUAUAUAGGUAUAUUCCAGUUGGUUUAUUGGAACAUUUGCCACAAAAAAUUAAUGAGAGACCUCCGUUUUACAUGGGCAGAGACUAUAUGGAGACGCUUAUGGCUAGUCCAGAUGUCAGUGAUUGGAUAAAAAUAAGUGAGAUGCUGCUGGGACCUGUGCCUUCAAAUUUUACUUUCCUGCCUAAACAUAAGGCAAAUGCUUACAAAUAACAUUAGUUUAAAAGAAGUACUAAUCUUUGAACUUUUUAAAUUUCUUGUGAUUUAAUUUUUAAAGGACAAAGGGAUGUGAACUUUCAGUAUGGCUACUUUAAGUUCGUGGGGCAUUGAAAGCCUCUUUCCUAAAAUAAAAAGUUUUGUUUUUUUAUA